AUGGGGCUGGUUGAGGGGGUUCCUCUUCUCUUAUUGUUUGCAUGGUUUCUUUCGGCUCUGCAUGUUGGAUCCAUUUCAGCUGAGAGAUCGACUUACAUAGUCCACAUGGACAAAACUUUUAUGCCCAAGGCUUUAGCUAGCCCCGACUACUGUGCUAUGGUAUCUCAAGAUGAGCUAGAGUCUGUAAAGAAGUCCCCUGGAUUUUUGUCAGCUUAUAGAGAUAGGCAUGUCACUAUUGACACUACUCACACCACUGAAUUUCUCUCCCUGAAUACUGCCACAGGACUAUGGCCGGCAUCAGACUAUGGAAAAGAUGUUAUCGUGGGUGUUAUUGACACCGGUGUCUGGCCAGAAAGUCCAAGUUUCCGAGACGAUGGAAUGACAGAAGUUAAGGGAACUUUCAAGGUCGGACAAGAGUUCAAUUCUUCGUUGUGUAACUUAAAGCUCAUUGGAGCUUGA